GUCUUCUUUUUCGCGUUCAUCGAGCAAAGCAGGCUGUCGGUUCGAUCAUCAACGUUACGUUAUCCGCUUCAGUGCUUGUUCGAGCCGGUUGUGUAGUUUUACGUGUGUAUGUGUCUGCACGAUGGUGUGCUGCCCAAUGGCUGCUGCGAUGAAGAGUAUUGUUGAUUGACAGCCACGGAAGGACGAAAUAGCAAUUCCCCAAACAAAGCAGCCGCCAACCCGAUGGAAUGCUAUGCUGGCUAGCAAAACGGAUUUCAAGUGUGACAUCACUUCCUGCUGUUCGCUCUGGUGGGUGUGUUCGCGCCCCACAAUCAAGUUCGCCUUUGGCAAUCCCUACAGACGGCAUCCGACACGCUCGAAGUGAAAAUAUGUUUUUAUUUUCUUGAAUUGUAAAUAUUUUCGUCGGCGCCACUGAAAAAACUUCUGGCUUAUUAGUGCGCAAAACUCUGCAUCGGCAGUUGUUGUGUGAGUCAAGCAAAGCGAAGCAAAAUGCUUGCUCCAGUGAAAGUUUAACCAGUUCUUCUUUGGCUAUAACGGCGCACGGCAACAGAGGCUGAAAGCACCUUUCUGGUCCACGAAUAAUCUCGGGUCCGUAAUUAAAAUCUGUUGGCCGAUGUUCGGGCGAUAGUUGUAGUGUUAGCUAAUAAUGAAAGCAAACGGCAUGCGGCCCGCACAAUUAUCGUCCGAAACAAUGGGAGGUGGCCACCAGAGUAAUCGAAAUUGCAUACUGGACGGCGGUACAGACGGUCGCCGGCAGGAAGAAGAUGGUGGUGGCAGUGGGGCCAACGGUGGCAGCAGGCGGCCGGCGUAUCAGCAACAACAACAACAGCGGUAUCAGCGGCAGCAACAAGAGCAACGGAGACGGGUGCUCCAUACCGUCACGAAACCCAAACUAGUGACGCCGUUCACGCGCUUCCAAGUGCUAAGAAUUAUCAAAUUAGCCACCAUGGACAAACUACGUGGCGAAGCGAAUGAGGCAGACAACCGGGCCGGUAGCGACACCCAGCAACCAGUAGGAAGUGACGUAGAUGGUGGUGGUCCCGGUACGCGCGUCGAUGGAGAGCGGGCCUCGGACGAGUUCCACCAUCAGUUUUAUAACACUGGUCGGAUAGGACGUCGUAACGCGCUGCCAGAUAUCCUGGGUACACACUGCACCACAACGACCGCCGACCUGUCGACGCAACUGGGAGCCCUCUCUACCUCAGAAUGUGCCGGUAAAUCGCCUGAAGGAAGUGGACUUAGUAGUAGCAUAGCACCACCGAAUGGCGGACAACCACCGACCACGACGGCUACGUAAGGCAGGCAACCAAAUUAGGACCGGCAUUCGACACCACCGGCAAAAAGUACCAUUCGAGUGUAGCUAGCAAACGGACCACACCUCAUUCGGGAUGUAUGCAUCAGUUGAAGAUUAUUCUCAAGCAUCAUCAGCGGAGAAGCUAUCGAACGGUCAUCUGCAACAAAAACUAUCGAAAGCCGCGAUCACAAGACGGCGUUUCGUUCACCACGACCCAGAAUCAGCAGCUACUAACACUUAUCGAAGAUUUUCCUGUAUACUGUUCAAGCCAAAGAUAUUUUCGUAGAGAGUAUUUCCGUUCGCGCUAGGUAGGAACCAGGCAUAUCGCUUGCUCCUGUGGUAUACAUCUUCUUACCGUUCGGUGUGUAGUUAGACAGCUGAGAAUCUUACGAAAGAUAGGCCAGAAACAGAAUUGUGGGCUCAGACUCACUGGGUGGCGCAAGUAGAUUCGGGUUUUGAUUAAGAAACGGAUGCACGCGGAAGGGGACGGACGUGCGACGACGACGUAUCGCCAUGAUACCGGUCCCAAUAAGUACAUGGUGUAAAUAAGGGCGCGCAGCGUAAUUCUUGCGUUCUCCGUACUCCGACGAGUCGAUUAUGUUGUCAACCAACAAAUGCUUAUUAUGUUGUGAUGUGGUGAAUGCCACGAACAAACAGACAUGGGUGGAAUUGGUGAAACGCUGACAACGCGCCUGUCUUCACCCAAAUGCACGAAACAGGCAGCGCAAUCCUUAGGGUGAUAAUGGAGCUUUUUUCUUAUUUAGUGGUACAUGAACUGACGCAGGUAAAUGUUAUCGUUAAUAGUACUAAACUGCACACAGAUGUUCCUUUACAAGUAUUCCCUGCGCCACGGAAAGCGUAGAUUUAUUUAUAUUUUAAUUCACAAACCUGCGAACACGCUCGAGCAUCGAGACUGCGAAUUUCUUCCACUCGGCCGCCUUCACUUCUUCGGAAUAGUGCACUUUUCACGGAAUCUAACAAACCUCCAUCCAUAACCGGAAGUGACAUUAUGAGCUCUUUCGUGUAAAAUGCACAUUCGGGGGCAAAAAGUCAACCGAAUCCAGCAGUAUUUUCUUCCUAGCGGUAGUAGUGCCACAACGGGGCAUUGGCAAGAUGGAUUAUUUGCUUCAAAAUAAAAAAAAAGACUCAUUGUAAUAUGCCAAAUUAAAAUGCUGCUCUUGCUGCUUGGCACGGGAGUAAAUUAUGUUUCUAACAAACCAUCAUUUGGACACAUGGUUCCUUAAUUUUCUUGCUUUUGGCUACUGUUUAGCUUUUAAAAGCCAAUGGGCCAAGGCGCACAACAGAAUUUGAUAACUAUACUUUAGUUGGAUUGUUUCUGACAUCAUAAUACAGGGAAAGAAACUGUAAGCUUCGUGAAAUAGUUUAGAAUAACGUUUAGUGUGGCGUUAGGCAAGGCUUCUUGUAUUUAAAGUCUCGUACUGUCUCACAGGCUAUGAUCUGCAUGAGGCCGGAGGAUGGCGGAUGAGUAAGCGAAAAAAAGGAUAUUCACCUAGUUGGCAUCAACAAUUAUGUUCCUAAGUUUCUAACAAUAAACAACGAAAUUGUCCGUUUUGAGUAGUGUGCGCUGUGACACGGAACGUAGGAUGGUCCCCAGAAAAGGAACGGAUUACUUCAAAAAGUAAGUCAUUGCUGUGACUGUCGGCUUUCACUCGGUCAUAGUAAAGCCGCGUGUAAGCUCUCUUUCACCAUCUCUCUAGCUAAUAUUUAAGAAUAAUAACUCAAAUACACAUUAACGAGAGAGCAGCUUGUGUCAGCAAAGUGUAACAUUUUGUGAGCUUUAAUUUUUUCCCUUAAACAUUUAGGGUGGAUUGACUCUCUGCACAGAAAGUCUCUAUUUCGUACAUUGCUUGUUCAGGUAUGAAAGUGACCGAAGUUGAAUUACAAAGCCAGUCUAAGAGUAUUCUCUUGUGAUAGUUAGACCAACAGCGCGAAUAUCGAACGAAUAACAACACGAAGCUUGCCCACUUCGUAGCGACACACCGCACGUGAGCCAAUGCUUUACCAACCCGUAUUCUGUACAAAAAAUAUUCGCUCUCUGUAGUUCUGUGCCCAUCGUCCUUCGUCUUGGGGAGCUUUCAAUUUGAUUUGUGGUUUACAGUGGUUUGAUGCAUCUCAUUCUUGAUUAACCGAAAAAUAAAACGCUCUUCGGUCAACGCUUUUUUGAAUGUUGAUCGGUGUGUGAAGACAGAUAAAAUAACGUGCUUGCGAACCUUAGAGGUGUUAACAACCAUUUUACGAAUGAGGCUUGGUCUUAAUAGACAAUUCGUGUCGAUGAAAGGCGAUUAGAGAGUGAGAUAAUAACAGCCAAGCCGAGGAGGAUACCAACUUUACUGUUAAAUAUGUGUCAAUUGUGCAAGAAAAAUCAAACGCAAGAUAAGAAAAAUAUUUAAAUUUAUAAAACCGAUAAGCAUUAGAUGUAAUGUUUGUUUGGAACCAAAUCUAUUGAGUGAAAAACGAUGAUUAAAAGAAAAUAUAUAGAAUUAGACAACUCGGUCGGUAAAUGAUGUGCGAGUGAAAAGUAACAUGAUCCAACACAAAAGAAGUUGCAAUGAAUGAAACGUUAUUGAAGGAAAUACGAACGGAAGAAACCCAAACAGUAAAUUGGAACAAUAAGUUUAUUCGACACAUCACUGACACUAGUAACAAUGUCUGUUGGACAUGAUUUUCCAAUGAAUUCGGCGAAUGCUUACUGGCCAAUGAAUAGUGAAAGGUACAUUGAGGAAAUCUUUUUUGUAGCCACAAAAGAAUUCGUACUCCGUUGACACCACACUAAACACACAAAUUUACGGCAGAUUGUGUACAUUUUAAGCAUCGUAUUUAAAAAGAACAAUGAUCAUAUAUAUUAUUGAAGAAUAAAAACAGUU